GUUGUGUGGAAGAGAAGCAUGGUAGUGGGAAGUGCUUUAGGAGCUUUUGCAGUAGCAAGGCCAUCGCCACUUUUGUUGUUUAGAGGACAAAAGGCUUUCAAAUUCAGACCUCUGUCGUCUUCAUCUUCGUCUGCCGAACCUUCUAGAAAGCUUGUUCUCUACUCUAAACCAGGUUGCUGUUUGUGCGAUGGCCUUAAAGAAAAGCUUCAUGCUGCAUUCUUACUGGCCGGUCCCGAUUCACUUAACGACGUUGAUUUGCAGAUAAGGGAUAUAACCAGCAAUCCCGAGUGGGAAAAUGCUUAUCAAUACGAGAUACCUGUGUUGGCUAAGGUGCUUUCCGAUGGCACCGAGGGAUUCAUGUUUCUCGUAGAAGUGUGUUAGCAAGCAAACUAUAAGUCAUCCAAAUAAUGCAAGGCCCAAAAGGAUUACUACCACACCAGCCCAUUUGAAGGAUUAUGUUCCAUAAAAAACCUCUUUGUUUCUAGAAGUGCCAG